AUGGAUCCAGCCACAGUCCUGUCGAUGUUCAAGCAAUCGAUUGAAGAGCAAAGGAACCUCGCGUCGACAAUGAUGAAGGAACAAAGGGACAUCAUCGCGAAAAUUAUCGAUCGCGGCCCAGAGCAUGACCAGGGAGCCGCUAAGCCGGAAGAGCAAGUGACACUCCCGACCAUGAUGGCAGCCUUGAGCAACCGAAUCAAGAAAUUGAUUUUUGACCCUGAUGCUGACAUGAGCUUCUCAAAAUGGUUCUCAAGAUACAAGGAAGUGAUUUCCGAAGACGCGAAACAGCUCACAGAGACCAACAGAGUGAGGCUAUUAUGUGAGAGACUGGAUUCAGUGAUAUUUGACAAAUACCAUGUUCUACCCAGGAAUGUUUUCCAAAUUGGAUUCAAUGAGAAGCACUGA